AUGGAGAAAAUCUCAGCAUAUUUAGUCAUCCUUUUUCUGGUCUCGUCAUUUUUGGUCAUGUACAUGAAUGAUUACCAGACCAAGAUUGUGUGGAGUUUGGACUCCCAAAAUGUGAGCACACAGGGAAGAUGCAAACUUGCCUCCACAGAAAUUGUGGCUGCCACCAUAAAAAACUUCCUGCUUCCACCCCUCCUUCACCAGCGCCCUCUAACUCUUGAUGAUCCUCAUAUAUAA